AUGCUCAAGAGAUUGCGUUCGUACCAAGCUGUGACAUCCGAGAAGAACCUCUGGUCAUUCUGGGACUCGGGUCUUGACAAGACUCCAGAUUGGUGCAGACGGAAUAUCCUGAGCUGGAUCCGCAUCAACAGCCCAUCAGGAUGGACAGUUCGUGUUUUGGAUACCGUACCCGACUCUCCAAACUAUGCGCUCAACUAUGUUUCGCCUGAGAUGUUGCCACAAGCAUUCGUGAAUGGCACCAUGGAUGGACCAUACGUUGGUCCACAUUCCGCCGACUUCUUGCGUGGCGCAUGCUUGUAUACGCACGGCGGCAUCUUCAUGGACGUUGGCAUCGUACUCAUCCGCGAAUGGGAUCGCGUGUGUUGGAGUCAGCUGCAAGACCCGAACUCCCCGUUCCAGGUCGCUGUACCAUGGAUGCAUGAUCUAUUUGUGCAUGUCUGGAAAGGCCAUGACAAUUAUAAGGGGCUGAUCGACAAUGCUCUUUUCGCUCCAUUGCAAGAGAGCCUCAUUUUCGACGACACCCGGGCUAGCAGCUUCCACUGGCAGUUCUCGGUCGAUGCCAAGGUCGUCAUGGAAUUAUUGGACAAAGCACAUCCUGAUCCGGGACGUUCUACAAGAGAAUUGGGGAGUUGGGGAGCCGAAGCUACCAUUGGGUUCAAGGACUUCGGUCAACGAGCAUCUGACCUCUUGGCUCUUCGUCUGGACUCUGAUCCAAAAACACCAGAGUAUGCCGAGGCUCACGAGCUUACAUGGCACCUUUUGAGCCAGUGUAGUAUGCAGAAAGUCACCAAUGGCAAAGGUACCACGAAAGGAUUACAAUUAGGAUACAUUUGGGAUCACAACCCUGGCAUGGAUUCCGAGCCUGGUACUUACGGCGAGCUGCUCGGGUACGGUACCGAGCACUUUGAGCAGAUGAGGAGUGAAAUCAGAUGUGUGAAAGCACCACGUCCAGCCAAGACAUUCAAGAAGGGUCUUCUCGAGCCGUGA